AAGGAAACAAUGGCAACCAUGUUCCGUGUGUGCUUCCUUCUCAUACUAAUCUCGCCCGCCCUUGCCGUGCUCUGCAACCCGGCCGACAAGAAGGCCCUCCUCCAACUCAAGCAGGACCUCAACAACCCCUACCUCCUCGCCUCCUGGACCCCCGAUACUGAUUGCUGCUACUGGUACACCGUUAAGUGUGACCGCAAAACCCACCGCAUCAUCUCCCUCACCAUUCUCGAUUCCGUCCCCUACACCAACUUCUCCGCUCAAAUCCCUCCUUCUAUUGCCAACCUCCCUUUUCUCGACACCCUUAUCCUCCAUAAACUUCCCAACCUCACUGGCCCCCUCCCUCCCGCCAUCGCCACCCUCACCUCCCUCACCUAUCUCACUAUCAGCUGGACUAAUUUGUCCGGCCCUGUACCCGACUUCCUCGCCCAACUCAAAAACCUUCAGUCUUUGGACCUCUCAUUCAACAACCUCUCCGGCCAUAUUCCCGGCUCUCUUUCUCAGCUCCCUAAACUCACAUCUCUUCGCUUGGACCGCAACAGACUCACCGGCCCAAUUCCCGACUCCUUCGGAUACUUCAAUUCCUCCCCUGCUCUGCUCCUCUCCCAUAACCAGCUUUCUGGCAGAAUCCCAGCGUCCCUCGCCAACCAAGACCCGACCGGAAUCGAGUUGCAGAGAAACAGGCUGGAGGGCGAUGCCUACAUGCUUUUCGGGCCCAACAAGACGACCCAGACGGUGGACUUGUCGAGGAACUUGCUGGCGUUCGAUGUCGGCAGGGUGGAGUUCCCCACCAGCUUGAUAUCGUUGGACCUGAAUCAUAACAUGAUAUACGGGAAGCUUCCCGAAGGAUUGAAGGCGGUGGAUUUCUUGCAGAUGUUCAAUGUGAGUUACAAUCGGAUGUGCGGCGAAAUCCCUCAGGGCGGAAGGUUGCAGAGGUUUGAUGUUUAUUCCUAUUUUCAUAACAAGUGCCUCUGUGGAUCUCCGCUGCCCAGCUGCAAAUGAUUGGAUCGGCCCGCCGUGCCCUUCAACACCACCGACUUCUACGCAUUCCUCACUAUUCACUCAACAUAACCUUAAAGCACGACAGAGUGAAGAGUGACGGCAGUUUAUUUGCUUUCCGUCUUCCAAAAUAAGCAUGGCUUAAAUUAUGCCUUUCUAUCCAAAUGUGUACGUUCUUGGGGCCUGGGGGCAGCACAGAGAGGAUAUAAUAAAUGUUUUCACCAUAAA